AUGAUAUUCCACACCCAAUUCUUAGCUGUUACAUUAUUUAGAGUUGUUAAGUAUAGUGAACUGUUUUUGUGGCAUAAUAUUGUUGAAUGUCCAAAACAAAUUUGUUUUCAAUAUUUGAAAAAAUUACACUUAAACAAAAAAUAUUUCAAUACACGUCAUAAUAAAUGUUACUGUUCCAUAUGUUAUAAACCUUCAGAACCGAAAGUCUUGCCAGUAGUCAAUCCUAAAUACACAGUGCCCAUAGAUUGGGUAUCAUUUGGAAUUCAAGUAGAUAAAGCAUUUGCUUCGAAUAAUCAAAUAUUUAAAAAAUGGUAUACAACAUUCUAUGGAACAUCAAAAGAUAAACUUAAUGAUAUCAUUCAUAAUCGUUUCAUACCAUUUCCUGGUGAUGAUCUUCUGUCGGGUAGAAAAUUUACUCUUAAUCUGCCAGAUCAACAUCAUAUUUAUACAUCGCCUUCAAUAAAUUACUCUUCUCUAGACCAUGUAAGUCCCGCUGAUAAGGUCGACAUUAAUAAUCAAUGGUACGAUUUUCAAGUAGUUCUUCAAUGUAAACAGAACCCAGCUUAUAUAGAGAAAAAAUCUAGCGGCAAACCCAAUGUUUGUAAUCUUCUUCCAGAUGCCAAAAUUCAAUGGAAAACUGAUCAACGAUCAUCUGUGGUACCAUGUAGUCUUCUAAUUCGUGCUACAAAACGCUCAACUGUCUAG